AUGUACGAUAUCGUGGAGGCGCCGUUCGUCCCCACCACAGCAGAGAUUCUCACCGAGCUGUCGAAUGCCAACUUGCUCACGGAGAACCCAAUCUUGGCCCUGGCGCUCUCGAUGAUUUUCCCCUAUAUCAUCUUGAUCGACAACUUCUUGGAAUUGUGCACCUGGAGCAACGAGGACCCCUUCGACAAUUUGUUGGUGGUGCUUGUUUACGGUUUGGUUGUCCGCUACUGGCUGGUGGUGACCAACGUGUUGUUGCCGUUCCUCUUUGCUCUCACUUUCUCCAGUGUGGUGUGGCGGGCUAACUCCGUGAUUGCUGACCUGAGGUUCAACGAGAAACCUACUAUAGAUGAAGUGAUCAAUACGCUUAGCAAUAUCACGGGGCGGGUCGAGGUGUUGUUGCGCCCUAUCCGCCAUUUCCCCAUGGGCCCUCGCCAACUAACGCGCCUAUUAUUAGGGGCAUUGGCCAUUCUGCCGGUCCACUGGCUUUUGCUUAACACUGUUAUAUCGGUGAAACGCUACGUGUGGCUUUUGGGUACGUUUGCGUUAACGUACCACCUGCCGUGGCUGUACUCGAUUCGACGCCUUAUUUGGCGUCUGGUGUACGUGAGAGUGAUUGCCUUUUACGUUACCGGGAUCAGUGUUACCAUUGACAAAAAGCACCAGCAACGGGAGUUGUCCCGAAGUCGCAAUGCCACUACCAUUUCUACCCCUGUUGGUAGUGACAUGGAAGAUGUCGACCCUUCGCACAUCCCCGUGCUUUCAGACUUUAAGAUCAUCCGCAAGAUUAUCAGCUCUCCCGUCCAGCUUAAACAGAUCGUCGAGUUUGCCAUCUUAGAGAACGAGCGGCGGUGGUUUGGCCUUGGGUGGUCGCACUUCAUGAUGCCCGGCGACCGUCCCAACUACUGCUACGAUGUCAGUUUCAAGCCGGCGCCUCCCGUGGACGAAGAUACCAACGAUAACUUCCCGUUCCCCGUGUUUGAGAACGACUUGUACCUGUACCACUGGAACUGGGUCGCCCCCGAGUGGACGCUCGACGAGGACUAUAACAAGGGCAAAGACAAAGACGGCUGGGUGUACCACGACUCCAACUGGGAGAACGAUACCUAUGUCGAUGGCUUCGGCACCUAUACCCGCAGCCGCAAGUGGACUCGCCGGGCCGAGCUCCUCAUCGAUAAACAGGACGUGGUGUUGGACGGUAAGUAG